UGAACUGUGGAUGACAACUGUAGCCGAGUAAGAGGGCGACCGUCACUAAAAGUAAAGAGAGGACCCUCAGAAGAGCCACGCAGAGCCAAGAAGUUGACCAAGGCACGGAUGGGACACACCGAGCCCUCACCACGCCCCACAUAUAUAUCACAGCCCAUGUGAAACGGAUCAGUCUUAGAGCACUUGAUAUGAACUUUAAAACAGGGAGGAUUCACCAGGGAAUCAGCUUGCAGGUCAACUCCCCAGCUCAUAAGAAACCAAAGAAACCCAAACAGCAUGCCGCCCACAGCAUCACAAGAUCUCUCCUGGAGAAGUCCAGUCCAUGUUGAAUCGCCGGCAGAUGAUCCAGGGUCAUAGGCAGGUGCUGAGGUGAUAGUGGACCUUGAACCCACUUUAUUCCCCUGAGCAAACGGUGUAAGCGAAGGCAGUUGACGAAAGGGUCCGACAAGCCAUACUCAAUGUGAAGAGAACGUACUGCUGACAGGUAUACUUUUAUGGAUGCUUGGGUCAAGUUGUCGGCCAAGGGUGAAGCAAAGCGCAUGAGAGUCUCCUCAUCAGCAGGAGGGAAGGAGCCAUCGCUGUUAAGGCGACCAUCCCAGCAGCAAAAGUCAAUAUAGCGAUGUUGAGCAGAGAGAUAAACAUGCCGAGUGGAAGGCGCGAGUCCUUGGGAGAGCAGAAACUGACACCUCUGGGUCAAGACGUCUGGAGUGCGACCAGAAGCGACUCGGGAAUCACAGGGAGUCAGUUCGGCUUGAGGUGCCAGCGUGAGAGGGAGUCAGCUAGUGGAUUGGCCAAGCCAUGAACUGAAGACGCAGUAAACAUAAAUUAAUGGCAUAUAGCCAGUAAGGAUAAAAUUAAUGAUGCAGCAACCCCAUCAAGUGGUGGUCCUGUGAAGAGCCAGACUUAAGUACAGCCACCACUGACUCAUUGUCGCACAGGAACUCGACCUGCCGAGAGACCCACUGAGAACCCCAUAAGGAGGCGGCUACAACGAUGGGGAAGAGCUUCUUGUACAUGAUUGAUAACGACUGUUGCUCCAUAGACCAAGCACCGCAAAACCACUUGGUGUUAAAAAUAGCCCCAUAGCCCAGUGAGCCUGCAGCAUCCGAGGAGACUUAGAAGUCCAGGACGGGCGCCCACAUUGGCAUGCAAAAGAAUCUGAGGCCAUCCCAGGUUUGAAAAAGCUCACGCCACCAGGUAAGGUCCCGACGGAAUUCUUGGUUUAGCCUGAUGGGGUGAUCAUCCAGGCGGAAGGUGCAAAGCAAGUCAAUCAUCCAACGAAGAAAAGUCCUUCCUUGUGGGGCAACCUUGCAGGCAUGAUGGAGGUGGCCAAUCAAGGAUUCCAACUCCCGCAUCUUACAGAAACGCUUGGUGGACCACUCUUCAAGCAAGGCAACAAUCCGGUCUCUUUUCUCAGUGGGCAGGCGAGCCUGACGCAUAUUGGAGUCAAGUUCAAUCCCAAGGAUAGUUAAGCAAGUCGCAGGUCCCUCUACCUUGUCAGGAUAAAGGGGGAGGCCAAGCCUUUUGCAAAGGCAAACACUGGUAAGUAAAUAGAAGUGGCAGAGCGGGGAUGACGGCCGACCAAGGGUAAAAAAGUCAUCCAGGUAGUGGAGUAGGAAGUCCAUGCCAUAAUUAUGAACCAAGAUCCAUUCAACCAGGUCCGCCAUAGAAGUGAAAAUAAAUGGCGCUGAACACAACCCAAACGGGAGAACUAGAUCAACAAAGUAAUUCCCACGCCACUGCAUCCCAAGUAAGGGGCGAUCGUCAGGAUGGAUAGCCACAUUCCGGUAUGCACUGGCCACAUAAGUCAUCAGUGUUCCACGGCCCAGGCCAUGAUGCCCUCAAUAACUGCAUGGACUGAAACAUACUGCACUGUGAAGGGAGGCCUGGGAGUGCCAUCGUUUAUGCUGUGCCGAACAGCAGAGGAGAGGUCUAGGAUGAGACACCAUUUGCCUGGUUGAUUGUUCUUGGGAAUGACCCCAAAACGGCUGAUAUGUAGAAAAGGAAAAGGAGGGGCUGAAAAGGGGCCAGCCACCCUGCCAGAGGAAACUUCAGUCUGCAAGCAGGAGCCUAUCACAAAAGUGUGCUCGAAGGAGGAACGCAUGUUCGAAGAAGCGGACUUGAGAUUGACCAUGGACUAUUCAAAGCCAAUACGAAACCCUCACUUAAUCCGGACAACAAAUAGGCCACUGCUGCAGUUCUGUUUGAAAUUGAUCCAGCCGCAGUGGAGAGACCUGGGAGGCCGAGCCUAAUGGCGAGAAAGAAUGAACAGAAACUGCAAACCUGGGUAUACUAACUGGAACUGUAACAGAACAAGACGACUUGACCAAGGAAAACAGAUCACGCUGCCCCCCUGGCGACGCAACAAAACUAUUUACACUAUGUACACAAGCCUCGCCGGGCAUAACCGCCCAUUCAGUACCGUCCCCUUCUCCCACCCCCAGGUUGGGGAGAUCAGGAUUGUGCACCAGAAGAGUUGGGAAAUGGACAAUUGAUCUGGGUGUGUUCACCUUCACAGUUACUGCAGUGGUGUCGAUAUUUGCAUCAGGGCCAGUGGCACUGACAGGGGUGAAGCCAUGGCUGGAGACCUUAAGUGAAAGUUGCUGAACCAGAGAAAUGACGAGCCGUUUGAAUGAUAAGCAGCUUAUACUUGGACAGAUUGGGCCAACGAUGAGGGUGAGCUGUGCACAGCACCAUCUGAAAAACAGUAAAGGCUUCCGUCCAAGUCAAAAUGUCUUUUAUUUCCACUCGCCUGCGUUUUGACGAGGAAACCACAAGCUUACCAUUGAGGAACGUUUGUGGCUCCUGCUCCACCUCGCAGAGGUUCACGGACAACAAAUCUUCAAAUUCGACAAACUGGCCACCUACAACUUUUGACACCAGUUUUGAAGGAAUAGGGGCAUGCCCCGGACCAACGAUAAAAGCCUUCCCAGACUUGGGUGAUGCCUACGAAGGCUUGGAAGACCACUAGUUACUCGGGGUGAUACAAAGUGGAGAGAGUAGGAGCCACAGGGCGGGCUGAGCUCAAGAUGGUAAUGGCCGACAGUGGCGUAAACGUAGGAACAAACACGGGAAGGGUAAACAUAACUGAAGCCACCGAAGAAACACCGUCACUUGUACUCGCACUCAAAGCGGACGCUGAAGAAAUUAAAGGAUGUGGAGCCCUGCUAGCAGAAAUGCCUAGAACCGAAGAAGAAGCAUGCGAGGACGCGUUGCCCUGGAUCGAUGAAAUAAUGGCAGGAAUGGAGUUUCGGCUCACCGAGAAGCUGUUGUUGGUCGAGCGAGAUGGACACGGCAUUACAAAGGACAACCAGAAACUCUCCAGCAGAGGACGAACCACAACAGGAACUACCAGGAACAAUGGUAUUGAAAACCACUUCGACCAGAAAAAACUUUGACAGAACCAAGAGAAAACGCUACGCUACUCAAAUUGAAAACCAAGCCAACCAAAAUUAGGGCAGAACUAAGAGAAACUCUAUGCUACUAGAACGCCACGCCAACUCAAACACAAUGUGGGCAUAUGGCCUCCGCAUGCACCAAUGCGACAUACCGCUGGACAGGAAUCUGCCCCUCAUGCUCAUGAACAAUGGUAAAUGCUACAAACGCAAACAUGGUCGUGCAACAACAUUACAGACGGCCAACACGUCACCAACGAAUGCCAAAAACAUUCGAGACCAUAGCUCCUAGUCGUGAACUACAUUAAAUAUGAUUUAAUAGUACUAUAACUGCUAUGAUGUGAUAGUUUUGUGUGGAAAUGGAGUAUUGCCAUUUAAAGGACCAUAAUGGUAGACUUAUUGUUACCCGUACCAAAAUUAACGCUCUAGCCAGAAGGUAAAUUGGGCCAUAAUUUUCAGCCAAACCCGGGCCGAAAUAAACCAAAAUAGGGCCUUAAAAAGUUCAACCAAAGAUGAACCAAAACGAGCCUCACUGAAACGUAAAUAUUUGAGCCACAAAGUAAACCAAAAUAGAACCCAAAUCCUAACUACACUUUUGUGAUGCAAAAACUGGGCCAAAAUUGGGCCCAAAUUAUGCUGUCAUUUUGGCUGAACGGUAAUACGAUAAUGACCGCUGUCUGCACGCUGCAUAUUUCUGUAAUCCGGUUCGAGCUAAAUUAGGCCACAUUUGGGCCAAAAUUACGCUGUAAUUGAGGCUGAGAUCCAACCAUUUUUUGGUCAAGAUUUCGCUCAAGAGUAACUCGACACCGCAAACUCGAGAUUGCGUGCCAAAUGUACAUUUUCAAGGUAGAUAAAUAGAUAAGCAAGCUAAAGUUAGUAUUAAAUAAUUGACAAACGUUUAUAUGAAAAUCGCCACAAAUGAAACAUCAACUGGAUUUUUAAUGCAGUUUAGCAAAUUUAAAUACAUUGCUACCAGAAUUUUUCUACAAAAAAAUAUUCGGUGUGCGACAAACGCAGACUGCAGACUUGCAGACCUGCAGACCAGCAGACUUGCAGACUAGCAGACUUGCAGACUCGAAGAUUUGCAGACCCACAUUUUUUGUGACAGGGCUUUGGGCUAAUUUUAUUCAUCCUCUGUUUACUGUUGGCGAAUCGCAAAGUAUGUCUGAGGCAAACAACAGCGCUAGCGGGCUGCAAACACAACAGUGCCCGAUUCGACAGGUGACUGGAAAUCCUUGCCGUGGAAGACUUAACAUCGGAAGAACGGUGACCUAAACUUCAGCGACAGCAGCGAAGAAGAAGACGGGUGGGAUCAUCGAGCGGCUUUAAAACGGAAGGACAUCUGUGAGCAGGAAAUAAGCCAGCACAGAAUUUGAUUGUCGGCGAAUUUCUGUAAUCGUCCAUCGUUCUGCUAGUGAUAAGCUAGCCGUUGUUCACUCGUCUUGCUUGUUUCGGGCUGAGUCUUGUUCCAGUCAAAGAGAGAGAAAGAGUGUCUGGCAAGGUUUCCAAUCAAAGAUUUGUGAACUCGUGUCUGGUAAAAUCUCCAAGUGUUUCUAUAUACACGGUUGUACGCACCUUAUAACUUCAUCUGCGCUUAACGAGUGUCUUUUGGUCCAUAAGUUUCACUGAACCAACUGCUCCACAGAAUGUCACUGAUAACACGUAACGCAAAAGAGUAUCAAAGUAUGACUGCACAAUAAAUGUCACAAAAUCUACCUAACCGGUCCCUUCGAAAUUUUCUGUCUUCAUCACGUCAUCAUUACCUACCGAUUCCUCGCGGCCCCUGUUCAAGCAAAUCGAGAUUUUUUUUCUGCCAUACUGACUGUAUAUUACAACUGUAAGUACUUUCCUUAAUAUACGCGCGAGUUUAAUACUAGAGUGCCUCCUCGGGAUUGAACCUGCGGGGGCAAUUAUCCCUCCCCCUCCCCGUGAGUUCCGAACGUGUCUGCAAGUCUGCAAGUCUGCAAGUCUGCAGGUCUGCAAGUCUGCAGGUCUGCGGUCUGCAAGUCUGCAGUCUGCGUUUGUCGCACACCGAAAAAUAUUACAUCAGAGAACGAAACCGGGUCACGCGUCGUUUUGAAUGUAUAAAUCACGAAUUCACAUCACGUACAAAGUCCACUUGUUACAGAUUGUUCGUGCAUUUCUUCAAAAAUUACAAAGUGAUUGUCUGAAUAUUAUUCCUUCACAUAGAUGAGCACCAGCGCUAGCACUGGGACGAUCACAUAUUCCACGAUUCCACGCAUCAAUACCUUUCACUCUCACAAGCUCGAUAACUUUUUUGACACUUUUUUAUACGGAGCUAUUCCUCUCAGGAUUUCUGUAAUUUGGUUCUUCCUAUGUUACCCACAACCAGCAAAUACAGCCGUGUGCUUUAGGAAAUUGUUCCAGAACAAUCUUUAACUGGUUUGUUAGGCAGGUUUUAAGCCCUAUAUCAUAGAGAUAAACAUGUUUCCAAGAAGACUUCUGCGUUUUCAAACAGCCAUGACCUGUUUACUGACCGCCAAAAGAAAGGGCUACGAACGUUUAACAUGAUGCACGAUCUAUGAAGAAAAAACACUAACCUUAAAUCCAACUUAAAACACACAAGCUUACCUUUAUCGGCAGUUUUAAAAAUUAUACUGACAAACCUUUGUCCUUCACAUUUUCACUUCAGCUUCUUGCCUCGCUUCAAACGGUCCUUGCAAGGCACAGCGACUUUUGGGACUUUUUGGUUACAGUGCCGAGACUUUUGUCCGAAUCAAAAUAGAUGCAGUAAUGAAAACUAAUUUUCAAACUUACAAAUGUUAAGUUUCAAUGUAACUUAGAUCGGGAAAACGUUUACAGGAGAAGAAAUGAUCUCUCACUCUUUGUGUUACACAAACGUUUUUCUCUUACGAUGCAACUAACGAAAAACUCAAAUGCCCGCCAAAAUAAACUAACCAAUCAUCAUGUGUCUCUAAGGCCACGUGAACAUAUCGAGACAGGGUUUUUGAGAAAUCAAGAAACGCGAUCACGCAAAAACAACGCAUGGAAAGUUUCAAGUGGACCUGUCAGGUUUACUACGGUAACGUAAAGGCAAUGUCACGAAAAUUUUUCCAUAGAAAAGCCCUUUUUACUGUAGUAAUUGUAGAGGCUUUUUAAUAUGGUACCACCACGAUUCAUAUACAUCAUAUAUAGCUAUUUAAAUCCAGCUUUAACUGGUCGGAAGUGUUCAGGGGCAAAACAUUUGGUUUCGUGCAUGCACGGCGUGGAUUUAUCUAUCGUCAGGUGCGUCAAUUAUGUUUGCAAAUUUAAUUGCGAAUAAAAUGGAAAGAGAUUAGUCUUACUUGCAAGGUGAGGCAAUCAACUUUGUAGGUACGUAUUGUAUCUGUAAAUGUUUACUUCAGUUGAGUUAAAAAACUAAUCUGAUAUUUCUCGUUUUUGUGUGCAAAAAUCUCUUGCGUUAGGUCUAUUUAAUUAAAGUUUUGCUAAUAUUUAAUGUCCCCUUACACGUAAGUUGUGCAGAGCUUUGUUUUCUGGUGUCUCCACAUCGACUUCACUGUAAUUCGCUGGUUCGACCGAACUGUUCAACACCAAAAUUACAGCCUCAGUCGGCUUCUAAAGCGACCUAAUCUACGACUAAAAAAAUUUUGCCUGCUUUAAGGUCGUAGAGCGUUCAAAAUGAGAGCCUAAAUAACAGCCCAAAGCGAUUUUGGUUUACAUUUGGGGUUUAACUGUCGACCAAAUUUACAGCCUAAAAUAUUUUGCCUGAAUUUGGUCGCUUUUUGUUCAUGGUGUUGGAAUUAGAAACAAAAAGGGAAACAAAUUUUUUUUGGCUCAGGCUGUUAGGUUCAGCUUUGGUUGAUCUUUUGCUCUAUGUUUCCAUUUAAGGCCUUAUUAAGGCCCUAUUUUGGCUCAGUCAGGCCAUAAGAUUUCGUACGGGUAUUUAUAAACAGAUGAAUAUUUAGCAUCAUGUCUUGCAAGUUAUUCUUUGGGACUGUCUUGGUUAACAAGCACAUCUUAAAAGAAGCCACAAACCACAUGUACACUGUACUACAUUUGAUCAGUAUCAAACUUGUCUGAGUUAUCAAUUCUAUCAAAAUUAAUCCUAGGAAAACACAAUCAUUUAAAAACUGAUUAACUGAACCAAAAAAUGAAAAAUGUAGUGUGAUCACAGCCAUUGGGAAUUUUGAAUUUCAUUGCCACUGUUGUAUAAUCUCCUUUUUUUGUUUUUGUCUUUGAAAUAGGAGGAAAAAAAGAGGCUCUUUUACUUGCUAGAAAACAGGACAACAAUAAGGAAAAGUCAUGAACAUAUUUACUCAUUUCUUUUGUUGAUGUCCUCUAGGCCUCACAAUGAAGGUUAAGGAUUGAUUGAAUUGUUAGUAACCCUUCAAGUCCUUUAACAACAAAAAUUACUUUGUCACUUUGAUAUAGAUGGAUCCACCUCAAGCCAAGAGAAGAAGACUUGAUACAGACUAUACUUAUGCUCUAGGUUAGUACAUCAGUAUAUUGCACUCCAAAACAGUAGUUAGAAGGGAUCAUGGUGAGUGGUAAAUUCAGUUCUUUAGGAGAUGUCUGGACUGGCAUUUUUUCCCUGUUUACAGCUUCUAUAGUAUGGGAUGUAUGUGAAUGAGAUGAAAUUUGAAAGAAACAUUUUCAUGAGUGUUAUCACUUGACCUGUAUUAGGAAAGCAAAACAUUGAGGCUAAGGAGGUUGUUAUGUUAUUAUUAAGCCUAAACAAAAUAUGUCCUCAUUUCAUAAAAACUAAUUUAGACAUCAGAAUAAACUCUUCUUGCACUGAUUAUCUAUAUCUAAAUUGGUGUUUGUUGUUCUCCCUGAAAAGAUGAUCUUGAUGAGUUGGAGGUUUAUGGUAAAGAGGAACAAACUGGAGUCAAGUUAACUUCCUACACUUUUGAAGUAUGUUCUUCAAGGGAUUGCUUUUAGUACUCUUACCCUACUGAGAUUUUUGGCUUAGUCAAUACCAAGCAUGCCCUUCCCCCCCCCGGCAUUUCUCAGAUAUUUUGUUAUUCUUUGUUGGAAAAGCUGCUAAUGCCCCACUGUGGGUCUUAAAAAAGUGUGCGAAUGCCCCAUGCUAGGGCAACACCAAAAUUACAUUUUCCAGUAAAUAAGCUGCAAGUGGCAUGUUUAAAGGAAAUCUAGAUCUGUUAAAAUCUGAUCAAAAUGCAUGAAGCAGCACCCUUUGCAAAUCAUUCCUUGCCAUCAGUUAUAAUUAUAUUGCAAGCAAGGUCACAUACUCUAGAAUUUUAAUAAUACCUUCCUUAUUUUCGCAGGUUUUUAGAAUAGUGAAUAAUAAACAAACAACCAACAAGCUUAACAUGAGACAGUAUUUUCUCAUCAUGAUAGAAUUGUUCCAUGAACAUAUUAAUAUUAUUCUUUGAUUACUCAAAACACAAAGUUUAUGUUAGCUUUCAAAUAUAUCGGGGAGUUUUCCUAGCCCUUUCUGCCUCAACCAUUUACUCACAAAGAAAGCGUCUUUUCCUUUAAACUCUCAAAUGAUCAUGCAUUGAUUGUUUUUCCUCUGUGUGCAAAGUGAUUUGUCAGGUACAGGGUGUUCAUUAGGCAUUGGAAAUCAUAGCCUGCAAGCAAGCUCUCCUGGGGGUCCCGGGGCUGUGUGGAUGGGGGAGGAAGAAGGGAAGGAGAGUUUGUAUUGCGUCUCAUAAAUUUGAAUAUCUGUGUCCCAAAAUGGGAUGUGAAAUGCUGAUUGGCUCAUUUUUAAUCAGGCAAUCAAGUAAUAUUCCUCCUGAGAGAGCUUGCUUGCAGGCUAACAGGGCAGACACCUUCACUGGCAUGAAACCUUUGAAAACCUUUUACAUAUUGCUCUAAUGAGAAGAUCUCUGUCAGAGAUGUAACUCUUUUAACAUUACACUAUAGCUGGGUUAUUUGCCAGUAAUUUUAGCUUCUUUGCAGUGAACAGAAAAGGACACACAGUAGAGUUUAUAUUGUAGCAUAGGAAAAAUAUGUAUUAUUUUGGCGUCUUAUCUUUAUCCGAUAGAUAAAUUCAGUUGGGUGUAUUCCUGUCAAUUUGUUAAUAUCAGGAGAGAGAUGCAAUUUAUUUAGUUGUUCUGGGCAUCUUUGUUUCAAAUCACUUUUGGAGUAAAAAUACUGUGAGUUCAAGGUACGCCACACAGUUUGCAAAUAAUGUUGCUGUCUCAAUGCCGAGGGCUGAAGCAGGUACUAGGGCUGGUUUACCAUCUUUUGAACGUUGGUCUUUUGAUCUGGCACCCUUUACAAACUGCCUACAAAACUGAGAACUCGACAACUUUCUGGUGUUUCAUCUUUUCCUUGUGGCCGUACUUUCAGGGCUUCAUUUGUUUCUUUGUUUGUUUACAUACAUUUGAUGCUCAUUUCCACUCCGUGCUGAUUGGCCAAAACUGACAGCCCUGUCGACGGGGAGCCACAGGGGUACUCGAGGCAGAAUUCAAAUUACGGAGAUGUGACUGCAAGCUCUCCUUCCCUUUUCGCCCUGCCGUCAGAGCGCCCCGGGAGAGCUUGCUCACAAGCAAUGGAGAUCAGAGAACUCUCCGUUUAUUAUGCAGAAUUCUCGGGUUAAAGUUUGAUAGCCUGACUAUAUUUUGUGCAGACAUGGAGCCUCUUUCAAAAUAUUCUCCUGUAAUGUUACAAUUUUCUCCUGCUACUGUAAUUCUUACUGAAAACCCUGGGGUAGGGUGUUGAUGGAGUGAAAUCCUCACAUACCUUUUUAAAGUAUAUGUAUUAACAAUAUUCUUUAUAAAAAUAUCUAUCUAAGUAGGCACAUUUUUAAGGUGGCUCCCUAGAGUAAAUUGACCGUGCGCAGCCUCAGCACUAGUAUGGCGCGAGCUUUAAAAUCCGCACGAUGUCCACACAAAAAUAAAACAAACAUGGCCUCUAUGUUUCAAAGUUUUCACUCCAAAAACUUUGUUAACUAUCUGUUGAAGCUCAUUGUGCAAAACGUUUGGUUAGUGUAGGUCAAACAUUUAUGAGAGGAGACAAUGUUGAAUUACACUGGUUACAAGUCACUAUCGGUCUCCAUAGUAGUGUGUGUAGAAUCGAAGCAGAAAUUUUCCAACGACAUUAAUUCUUUCGCUUCAAAAGUAGACAAACGUAAAAUAGUCGAAGUGAAUGGUGAAUGGAAACUUUACAAAGAAAACAAGAAAGAAAUAAGUUCACUAACCCUUAAGGAAGCAAUGUUACCGUUUCUGGCCCUUGGUUCACAGUCAGUGGAAAGAUCUAAAAGAUCGAGCCAAGUCCCGAACAACCACUGAAGAUUGUCUUCACCGGCGGCGCCCCUCGGUCACUUAAUUUCUCUUACAUUUGAUUUGAUUAAGAAAUUCUAGAAAUGGCUUUAAGGCAAGAUUACAGCAAGUGUAAUUUUUUUUUGUUUUGCCGAUUCUAUCACAUUGUUUAAAAACUUUUCAGAAGAAAGGUUUCCCACUUAACUUGAAUCUUGAUUGAAGGAACCUUCCCAUCGACGAACUUACAUCCUUGUACUUUUUCCUUUUCAAAAGUCCUUUAACGCACAAGGUGCACUAGAAAAUGUUGUUGCACAACAAAAAAUAAUUUUUGAGUCACAGAUUGACCCUUGACGAAAGCAAUAGUAGGUUAUCCGUCGAGAACUACGGUCUUGUACGUGCAGCUGAGGACGUGAUGUACUUUUUUUAGAUUGGCACCAUCUUUUACAGCAGGCUUUUAAAGAAAAACUUCACUGUCGAAAUUAUCCCUAAAGGGGACAAGGCUGAAAAAGUAUCCGCAAGUGGGCUGGUAUUUGAAGAUCUGCAAACAGUCGGUACAGCAGAUUAGGAAAUGAAGGCCUGAUGACGAUCCUUGCAAAACCACCGUCUUCAUCUCCGAUGAUCGCCAUUCGCACGAGUAGUGACCACCAUGGCUCGAAUUUUGGCUACAAUGGUUAAGUAUUUCGAAGAAAACAUCCAGUGUUUGGUAUAAAAUUGAAUCCGCUAUCUCUCCUUUCUCAACAGCCGAGAUAUCACCGUAAUAAUACUGAUAAACAGCUUUAACAAUGGCUUUCGUACUUUUCGAAGAAAUCACACGUUUUCAGCUAUGUGUGUUAUGUGCAUGCGAGCGUGAUGGCUCGCGUGCGUAUUUUGCUUAAACGACCUCGAACCAGGCGUGUUUUUCGGAUUUUUGUGACAUCAGCGCAGUUGAUUAACCGUGAAUUUCUCGCGUUUUCUCCGGUAAAUUUUUUUAAAGAUCGCCUCAUUUCGUAACAGUUGCAGUACCUUUGUACUGUCCUUUUCUUGUUAAAAUCUGUAAGAGCUAAACUCCUCUAUUAAGAAAAGUUACAAAUUUCAAAAUAUUGGCGAAACUGUCUUAACGAACCAAUGUUUUUUCCACUUCUAAAUGUUAAGCAAUAUCGUUAACAUAAAGUGGCAAAGUUUAAAGACAUUUUACUGAGGGAAAUAAGAAAUAUUACGAAAAAAUGAUCAAAAAUGACAAAAUUACUGCCUGUUUAAGGAUGCGAUGUUGCCAUGGCAAUGGCCUUAAUCCAGAAAAUGAAACUUGAGAAAGGAGCCUUUUUACAUGGGUAAACUUAGUGGUGAAUUUCUGAACCAAAUCGCGAAGACAAAGUACCUAGAUUUCCUUCUGUAUCGUAUACUAGAUAGCUAAGGUUAUUAGUAAAUACUCUAGGGAGCCACCUUAAGUGAAAUAUUGAGCCAUUUCUUUUUGCGGAAAGUGAAAAUCUUAUUUCUACAUGAGUUAGAGAAAAUACUCCUAUCAAUGUAACAGUUAUGUCGUCAGUGGUCUUGUAAUUUCAGUCACUGAAUUUCUGAUAAUAGAGGUUUUACAAUAAACUUGGUAACCAUCUGUUAAACUUCUGAGAGCUCUCACUUGAUAAAUUCUUUUUGUGGUGGAAAAUUUGUUUGGAAAGAGUAUUCAAUGCAGACACACCCCUGAUUUGAUGUGUUGGAGACUAAACCAUGUUUCCAUUGAUAUUAGCUGUGGCAAAUAGAAAAAGCUGAUUACAAUGAUUACAGCAUUUAAAUGGUAAUUUUAAAACAUAUAUUGUUCACAAACUCUAAGCAUGUUGCGCCCAAUCCAUUCCACUAGGUGUGUGACAGUUUGCUGAACAUCGGACCUUGUACAUGUGUUGGCAUGGGAGAGCCUGCUUUUCUUUCGGUAAAGUACACUCUUAAUAUUGUAAAGUAAAAGUUACCUAAAAAAUACUGGUACACCAGUGUUCGUAACAUGAUUUUCUACAAUGGGGUCCACAGGUCCCAUAGAGAACCUAAAAGGGCAUCAUGUGGGAGAAAAGAGGGUCACAAUUUGUAGAUACAGUUAACUCAACAUUAUACACAGGUCUGAGUUAGAAUAAAUACUUUGUACUUUCUUGGGUAAUAAAUUUGUAAUAUCCACUAUGCACACACUGCCAUGAUAAUUGGAACUGUUUUUAAUGGUAAACAUCAUGUGAUAUAGGUACAGAAUGCAUACGAAGUUACACAGGAUACCACAUCCCUCUCCAACAUUACAAAGUGCGUUACUCAAGCAUAGUCUGAAAUAACAACAAACAAAAAUAAUGUUUCUAUGCUUUAAGGCAAUGUCUCUUGUUAGGUUAGCACAUAGUCUUUUAAGAGUUUCACUAGUUCACUAGGGUCUGCAUGAUUCUGGGUCCGCUUCGGUCUGGUUUUUGCUUGAUUGUAUCUGGUCACUUCCUGUCUCCGUUUGCUCUUGGUUCUGCUCCUCUGAUUGUUCUUUCCUCUUGUUCCCCUCUUCCAUUGCUGGGAUUGAUGGUUUCUCAACAUAUCUUGGAAAUGAAGUAACCUUGUCCAGCCUGGGUCAGCUGUUAUGUUUCAUUCUGAUCUCCUGCGUCAGUGAUCCAUCGGUCAUCUGCGGAGUUGAUAACCGUGUUUACAAGUUUGAAGUGGCUGUGUGCACUGCAUCUCUCUCAUCUAUGAUGUUGAUUUUCUUAGAUCUCUGCACUUUUGGCUGAAUAUAAUCCAACUUGGUCCUUAUGGUUGUUCCUCUCAUUACUUCAGAAGAGGUGAUUCCCGUGGGUGGAUGUGGGGUUGAUCUGUAUACAGCAGCGUAUCCUGUAUUGCAGUCUGUCUCUAUAGGUUUUCUUUUCCUUGCAGGUUUGCAAUCUGUUCAGUCUUGUUUAGCAUUUGCAUGAAUCGCUCAACUUCCCCAUUUGCUCUUGGGUGGAGUGGUUUAAUCUUGUGGUGUUCAAAUCCUUCUUGAAGAGCAAACUCUUGGAAAUCUUUCGAAUCAAAUGGUGGUCCGUUGUCGCUCUCUAUCCUGUUUGGAGUUCCAUAGGUUGCAAAUAUUUACUUCAGUCUCUCCUUGUUGACUUUGAGAUUGGUUGAGGGUACUGCCUCUACUACUGGGUAUCUGGUUCUCUUGUCAAUAAGUACAAGGUUGUAGUGGCCAUCUGGGUAUGGUCCACCAUGGUCGAUGGAUACUGUAUCCCACAGGUGGUAGGGGAUGUUUGUCACCUUAAUGGGUUCUUCUCUCUUCUCCUUUGUAGUUUUUUGACAUUCGUAACACUGGUUGAUGGCUGCUUUAAUCAUACUGAUCAAAAAAGGGAGCCAGUAUUUCUCUAUCAAUAGCUGUUUGGUCUUGGUCUUGCCCAAGUGUCCAAAGUUGUGUCGUAGCAUGACUACUUUCUUCUGUAGGGUUGCUAGUAGCACUAUACGCUGUUCUCUGAAAAUUAGUCCUUCUGCGAUUGACAGCUACUGCUUUAUGUGGAGGUUUGGUUCCAGGUCUUCGUCUCGCUUGUGCUUCUCCAGUCUCCCUUCACAAUUCUCUUUACUAGUUUUUGUAUCACUUCCUCUUUCAGGGUUUCUUCUCUAAUCCUGGUGAUGACUACAGCAUGUUCUGUGCUGUCAUCUCUUGUUUCAUGUAGUGGGUGCCUGGAUAGUUCGUCUUCGGGGUCUGCUUUGUCUUUCCCAUGCUCCUACACCAGCUUAUAGUCAACAUCCUGCGUUUCCAUAACCUACUUUUCAAUUCUGGGUGGCAUCGUGGCUUUCACUUUAUUGAAUAAGGGUAACAGUGGUUUGUGUGCUGUGACCAUGCGAAAUCUUGGGGCUCCAAGUAGGUAAACUCGCAAUCGUUCUUUUCCCACUUGAUGGCUAGUGCAUCGGUUUGACCAUAUCUUUUCUUGUUUUCUGUCAUUUUGCGACUGAUGAAAUGCACUGGCUGUAUACCCUUGUCAGUCUUUUGCAGUAGGUCUGCUGAUAAGCCUUGGUUGUAGCUUGCUUCUGUGCGCAGGAUUAUAGGUCUGGAUGAGUAAAAAAAUGCCAUUGUCUUUUCGUUUGAGAUGCUCUCUUGUAUCUUCUUGAAUGCUUUUUCUUCUUUUUUCUCCCAUUUGAAUUUUGUGUCUUUCUGGGUUAGCUGAUAAAGUGGUGCUGUUAUGGCCGCAUAGUUGCUGAUGUAGUUGUCCAGGGAGCCUGCCAUUCCAAGAAACUCCUGACGGCUUCUUUGUUUUCUGGAGGGCUGUAUUCCUUGCUUGCUUUCUCUUUGUCUGGUGAUGGUUUUAGUCCAUCCUUGGUGAAGACAUGUCCAAAUUACUCAAUUUGUCCUUUCCCGAAUUGGCGUUUCUCUUUGUUAAAUGUUACUGCAUGAUCUCUUGCUUGCUGAAGGACAGUCUUCAGUACCUCUUUGUGUUCUGCUACAUCUCUUCCUCCGAGGAGUAUGUCGUCUCUUUGGUUCAGGCAGUGGGGUAUGUCUCUGAAGGCUCUAAACAUUGCUUCACCAAAAACAUUUUGUGAAGAUUUAGCUCCAAAUACAUGUCUCUUUGGUCUGUAAUUUCCCCAGGGUGUGCUCAAUGUUGCUACCUACCUGUCUUGUGCCAGGGUCUAGUGUCAAUUGGUGAUAGCCUUGUCCCAAACCCAAUUUUGUGAAGGUCUUGCACUCAUGCAAGUGUAGGUAAAAUCUUCAACUCUUGGUAACCGGACACGUCAACUUUGUUUCAUGGCUUCCUUGGGUAUUCGCAUAUCAGUGCUUAAACUGAUCAUCUGAGAUUCUAAUUCUUCAUUCUUGAUAUCAGCAUACUUGGGUUUGGGUUGCACAACUAAGGGUGAGCACCAUGUGGUGGUUUCUCCAUCUGGGACUUUUUCAAUGUUUUCCUUUAGUCCCUCCUCAAGCCAAUUUCUUUGAGGGGUUUUUGCAGAUGAUAUGAGCCUGGGCAUGGUUUCUGGUCUACUGGAAUAGCUUCUGGAUCCAUCUCUAGAUUGACUUUUAUCUCUUUGCCUGUACUCCUAUCCCUUGAAAUGUAUCAUUAUAUUCGCUGAGUAAUGCUUCAAUGUCAUCUGGCGGCUUCACUGACUUGAUUCUAAGCUCAUUGGUUUCUUUUAAGUGUUUCAUCGGGAUCAAUCUUAAUCAUUCCCACUUUGAUCAGUGUGUUCUUGCUUAGGAGUGGAGGAGAGUCCAUUUUUCCCUCGAUCACUAAGAACUUGCUUUUUGCUCCUCUAUUCUUGUUUCGAAUUGUUGUAUGAAAUUCACCUUAAACUACCAGAUCAGAUUGGAGAGUCUUCAAUGUGUCUUUGCUUGGAUCUAGUUCUCUGAUUUGCUUUGAUCUGUGUUCUAGGGCUCUGAAUUGGUACUCGUCCAUCACAUUCACACUUACUCCACUGUCGGGUUCUAAGUGCAUGUCAUUGUCUCCCAUUCUGAUAAGUGCAGUGUCCUGAGUUCUACCUGAUCUCAUUUUCUUGGCUCAAUGUAAGACAUGUGGUGCUGUCUGCUUAAGGUAUUUGCAAUCUGAUUCGUUGCCUGCAUCAGUGUCUGCCGCGGUUGUUUUCUUGACUUUCUCUCUUUGUGGCUCUUUGCUUUUUUCCUGUCUCUUGUCCUAUCCUGAUCUACAGCAUGUUGCAUAAUGAUUAUAUUUACCACACUUCAGGCAAUGCUGUCCAUAAGCUGGCCAGCUGCGUCCAGGGGAAUGGAGUCCUGUGUUUUCGCAGAAUUGGCAACUAUUCUUGGGGCUUUUUUCUUCUUUCUUGUGUUCUUGCUUGCAGUUUUCUUGCAGUGGGGGUUUCUUUUUUAGUAAGCUUGGGUGUCUUGCACCUCCUCUAGCAUCUCUCUGAGAUUUUCCCCAUUGAUGUUUCACUUUGGAGAUUCUGUAAUCCUUUUUCAUGUCUUUUACUUGCUGGUUAACGUCUUCUUUUUGGCUGGCUUCUUCGAGGAAGUGGUCAAGUAUCCACCUCUUCUGUACACUUUUCUUGAUAAGGUUAUCCUUGAUUGUUUGUAUGAGUUGUUUGAGGAUCCUAUCAUAGGUCUGGGGGCUGAAUUCACGAUCUUUCCCCUUCUCUCGUAGCCACACUGUGUAGUUUAAGAUACUUUCUCCCAGUUCUUGUCAUUGUUUGCUAAACAUGUAUCUCGCAUGCUGUUUGUUUUUCUUCAGUAAGAAGUGGUUGUUGAGUUUCUGGAAUAAUUUCUAGUAGUCGUUGUUGUCUUCAACAGGAGCAGUGUCUGGAAGGUUUCUAGAUUUCUUCUCGCCAUAGAUUUUGAGGGCGCUUACUUUGUCUUUCACGGCCUUGAUUUCAAAAUAUUCUGUUUCUUCUUUGAAGUCUUCGCGCCAUGCUUGCCACGCUCGGCCAGUUUCUAAUAAGGGGUUUUCUGGAAUCUUGAAUGAGUUUAAUCUAAGUGAUUUUCCGAAAGUUGAGACUUGAAUUUCUGUUGGGUUGCUUGUGCUAUUAGUUCCUUUGUUUGGCUUUUUUUUUCUCUAACGUGAGGUCUACAAUGUCCAAUGCUUUUGAUAAUUUCCUCUUUCUUUUCGCUUCUUAUCUCACUAGUAUCCUUGCCGUUGGCCUCCUCGUCUCCUCUGCUUUUGUUUAUCAUGAUCUUCUGUCAAUAUAUCUCUUCUUGCAGCAUGUAUUUUUGUUUCUUGUCACCAAUGUCAUAUACGCUAUGCUCACACUGCCAUGAUAGUUUGAACUGUUUUUAAUGGUAAUCAUCGCGUGGUAUAGCUACAAAAUGUAUGCGAAGUAACAAAGGAUACCACAAAAUUGAUAUCCAAUUUUUACAUAUAGUUAACUCAAAGUUUUGCAGCCCUGAGUUAGAGUAAAUUCCUCAUAUGUUCUUAGAUAAUAGAUGUCUUAUAUACAGGGUGUUUCAAAAGUUCGUUCCGACUUUUCUUCGCUUAAAUUUCACUGAUUAUUAAAAAAUACCUUUUGUAAAACUAAGUAUGUUAUUCAUUAUUCAUUAACAUUGACUAACUGUAAUAUUAGCAACUAGAAUAUCGUUCUUUGUGUUUUCUUACAUUUUCUAAGCGGUGAGGUCUAGAAGGUAUGAGCUCCCAAAGCAUGUCUAUAUUCACAUUUUUCCAGGCAAAGCAUCGUAAAGUUGACAAUGAACAAAGCAUUUAAGCGAGGGUCUUCGUUUUGUAGUUUGACCCGGUUUAAUCUACAAAACGAAGACCCCAUUCAUUUCGCUUCAGUUGACAACGAACAAAGCAUUUACGCGAGGGUCUUCGUUUUGUAGUUUGACACGGCUUAAUCUACAAAACGAAGACCCCAUUCAUUUCGCAUCAGUUGGUGUCUGAGGAAAAGCGUUGACCCGACUUGACUGGCUCUGGUUUGAUAGGCCUGUAAAAAAAACUAGUCUUCGUUUUUGGGUCUUAGGUCUUAGGUCUUAGGUCUUUGUUUUGUAGACACCCCUGCAUCUUAUGUUGUCUCAUCAACAAUAAUUCAGAUGGUCUCUAGAGUGUUCAUAUCACGAGAGUUUGCCAGCCGGUCGUCCUUUAGUAUAAAGUUUGCAAAUUCUUCUGAUGCCAUUCCUGCAUGCAGUGUGGUAAAUGAGAAUUCAAAUUUUGAUAUUAGGGUUUAAAUGGUUAAACAGUGAUAAGUAUGAAAGUUAUGAAACAUUUAAACAAAUGAUGAUCAUAUUAUAUGAUCUUAGCGUGGCAGUCAAUCAAAAGUAUUAGUGAAAAAGAAGCUUAAGUCUAUUUAUUUUAAAUUCAUAUGAUUUUAUGAUUUCUGUGCUCUUGUAACUAAAGGAUUGAAAUGACUUACUGUAUCUAUCACCUUAGUGGGUAGAAUAAAUUUAUUAUGAAAGCAGAUUGAUGCUCUAGUUGGUUUUGGUAAUUUUGUAAAUUGUACAUCUAUACUCUUCUAAAUAAGAUAGAAAGCGCGUCAAGAAAGAUGAAGGUAUAAGCAUAGUUUUUGAAAUGAUUGACUCUCAAUGGGGUUUUAAUGCCAUUUUCAUGGUACCAUUUAGCCAUUACUUUAACCCGUGAAAUUCACUUCAUUUCUUAUAAUCUAAACUAUUUCAUGGGUCAUUAAUUGUGAAUUUUUCAAAGUAUUUUCAUGGCUUUUUAAUGGUACUUUUAUAGGUUGAACCCAUGAAAAUACCCUUAGUUUUGGCCAUGAAAAUCUGGUGAAUAAGGCAUGAAGAUCUUGUGAAUUUUCCAUGAAUAAAUUUACAAGAUUUUUAUGGGUUUUUGUUUAGUAGUGAUGUGCACCACCGUUUUUCUCUUCAGGACUUUCCAACCUUUGACGGUCACAUAUCUCCCUACCAUUGUGCUCGAAACUUUGAUAUUGUUAAGUUGACGUAUUUUUACCUUUCAGUCUUGUUGAAUUAUUACGCACAUACUUACAACUUUUUUGAUAACAUUUCUCACUCAGUUUGUAAAAAAACGGUCAUCUACUCCUUGGAGUUUCCUUUGUUUGUCUUUUAAUGUCUUUACUUUUGACCAACUGUUCACUUGUCGUUCAGACGUCUUCAACAAUUUGGCAAUUUCUCUGACUAAAUGGCCACAAUACCUUAAAAAAUAGAUGCCUGAGCUGUAGCACAAACAGUGUAUGCUUUCAUUUUCGUGAAAGAGUGGAGAAACCAAAAGAUCACGGCAAAAAUACGAAAAUAGAAAACCUACAAAAUGGGCAGGAAAAAUAUGGCGGGGGAAAAACUCGCAUACAUGAAAAAAUGAAGUGAAGUGGGUGACCCCGGGCACACUCUUCACAAACUUCUUCCUUCCAAGAAUCCAGCAAAUUACUUUCUAAGGAGGAAUCGGAACUUUGCCUUACCUUUGUGCAAGACCAAUCGAUGCAAAAAAUCUUUCAUUUUUAGUCACGUUUUCUGCGCUUAGUAGUAGUUAGUUAUAGUAGCAAUUUUAUACUUUUUACCUUUUUAUUGUUAUAUUUUAUAUACUUUUUUUUUUUAUUGUAAUGUCUUUAUUGUAAUGUCUUUCGUAAUUCAGCCUAUAGCUGCAAGGUAUUAAGACAAUAAAGCAUCUAUCUAUCUAUCUAUCUAUCUAUCUAUCUAUUUUCUUCAAAUUUUAAUUUGGAAUUGCUUUGAACGGUUAUUUAGAAAAAUGUUGUACCUUUGCUGAAGAAGCAUUAAAUGCUUUGUGAAAAAUACAAUUUACAAUAAGGACAAACUUUUGAAACACCCUGUAUUACAAGGAAAUGUACAUAUGUGUAUGUAAGUUUACAUCCAUUUUGUGAUCCAUUUUGUGCACUCUUAGGACCCCUUGGGCUAAUUUAUUAUAGUCACGGCAUUUCCCAAUACCAUUGUGUCAGAAUAAUAAUAAUUUUUAUCAUGCAUAUCAAUGUCGUAUUUUAAAAUACAGUCAACUCUCUCGUAAUGGACACCUCUAUAAAACAGACACCUAGCUAGAAAGGACACCUGGAGUUGGUCCCUGCCUUUGUUUACUCCUUUUAGUUGACUCUGUAUAAGACAGACAUCUCCCUAAGAGAGACCCAUGGUGCAGGUCCUAAAGGUGUCCGUAUUUGAGAGAGGUGACUUUACUUCUUAGAAUAAUUACUAUUGUUUAAAAAAUGUGUGUAUGAACUGUUCCCUUUCUUUUUUUCUUUGACACAAAUAAUUUUUAACUGUUGAUUUUGCCUUUUUCUUUUUGCACAACAUAAUUCAUCACUGUCUGUAGGAAGAGGUAUGUUACAUCCACCAUUUCGUAAUUUUGUGACAUUUUGUUUUUCACUUUGGUCCAGAAAAUUGACUAAUGUAAAUUUUAGCUUAUCAGUAUCUUAAGUCUUGCUGCAAUAUAACAUUGGCUUACAAAUCAUCAUUAAGUAGACAUCUUAGUAUCGAUCAUUAUAUUCUUCAAUAGACAGCAGCAGUCAGCUGUAUCACGUGACUGGCUUCGUAUGGUUCAAUAUGUGAAAUAAAGAUUGAAUGUCCUUUUAGAGAAGUUCAACUUGUCCACAAAAUAGAUUUAAUUUUUUUGUUGUAUUAAUGUCGCUGUUCCGUUGAAAAUAACUAAACGCCUAGACAGUAAAGAAAACAUAGAGUAACCAAAGAAAGGACAUCUACACACAUUUGGCGUUAAUUUGGGGGACACUGUUUGGCAAUUGGCAUAACUAUUGUAUUGUAAAACUUUCUUAAAUUGUAAUGUUAUAGUAGGGUUUCAUAGAUCGUUUUCUAUUGAUGUUAUUGAAUUUGAUCUUGAUUGGCUGGGGAAAUAGACCUUGUUGUUGCUCUCAUGUUCUUGUCAUCAUUUUUUGAACAAGACAAUGAAUAUUUAAAUAGCAUGGUGUUAUUUGCAAAAACAAUAAUAUUUAUGAUUAUUAUAAUAAAUUAAUAUGUAGUUUGCUGGUGGCAAGGAAUGGGAUUUAGAACUUGUAUCUUGCUCUGGAUAUGGCAAGAAUGGAGCAUUGUCAGUUCUUCAGGUAUGUGAUCAGUUGUCAAUUAUUUUUCUGCUGUUCACUUUAAUUUACAAUAAUUUUUUAAUCAUGGUAUAUGGAGUGCAUCAGAUGAAGUAUAGCUACUUAAAAAUGUAUUUGGAGUACAUCAGAUGAAGUAUAGCUACUAACUGGUUGUUACCAAAGGGUAGCAAGUUCAGGCUGCCAGAUCCAUGCAAGCUGUUUAGGGUGCUGAUUGAAGGUCAAAAUGCUCUUCCCCCAGCACUGUGAUCAGAUUAGGAGUGAUAGAUGGUCCAAAUCCCCACAGAUUGUGCUCUAUGAUGUAUUUCAUUCAUUCUUAGUGGAAACCCAACAUAUAUGCUGCCCAUGUGCAAUAGCAACUUGGAGAGUAGGAUUGCAAGUUUCUCUGGUCACCCACCAUUAGUCCAUGAGAUCUGUUAAAUCUUCCAUUUUCUUGGCUAUACAUCCUGGCUUCCAUUCACACAAGGCACAUAAAAUUAAAAUGCCACACAUAAAUGUAAAAGUUGAGCAGGGUCAACUUGCAGCAAUCAUUGGAUGAGGUUUUUGCGAUAUCCAGAAUAAUCAAGGUCAACAUAAAGCUAAGGCUAAUAACUCUUAUUGCAUGAGAAAAUAAUUACAAACACACUGUCUCGUAGAACACAGUUUGAUGUUUCUCCUGACAGUUAUGCAUAGUGGAUGCAACCAACAAAUUAGCCAGCUAUUUGCUCACAAAUAACUAACUAUUGGGUAAUCUGAAGAUUGCACUGGUUUCCAAAACUUACUGUUGGCUCUUAGCCAAUGAGAAGAUAGUGAUUAGUACAUUCAUUGUAUAAAGUUUUGUUAUGCUGAAUGCGUAAUCUUUCAUAAAUUGCCUUUAUUUUGUUUGUGCUUGUAAAAUUUAUUUGUGUAUGCACAUCAAAAUUUUGCCACAGUGGAAAUUAAUGUACUUAAAAUAUACUGCUACCUGCCAACAUUUUUUCUUGUGUAAGAUUGGUAAUUAAUAAGUAUUAACUCGGUAACUGAUAGUUAUAUUAAGUGAAAAGGCAUGGCAUAAACUUGCUUGAACUGUAAUGCCCGAUUAUUAGUUUUAUGUUUAUGUGGUCCUUCAAGAUUCUUAGUGAAUCUCAUAACCCUUAUAGUAAGUACAAGAUUAUCUGCGUGAUGUAUAAUAACUUUUUGUGCUCUUACUUACACCUAAACCCUUAGUUCUUGCUUCAAGUGCAUAGCUUUUAUUAAUUUUUAUUAAUUUUCUGAGGAGGUUGUUAUGUAAAUUGGUUCAUCUUGCCAAAGCUUAUGAAUUAUUUUGAAAUUCCUGAAUUGUCAUUUUUACCUGGGUUUUGUUUUCUUAGAGAAGUGUGAGACCACAGGUUGUGACGACAUUUGAGCUACCAGGAUGUGUGGACAUGUGGACUGUCUUGUCGGGUGACCAGGUUAGAAGAAAUUGUCUGAAGUAUUUCUUGAAAACAUAGUUUUAAUACUAGAUUAUCUUUAAUAUAGUGAUUGCUUGGGAGGCAUCAGUAUAAUUAUAUGAAGCAAUCAUUUUCUUAGUAAGGGUAUGGCAUUUAUUACAUUGAGUCAUUUCCAACAUGCCCAUCUCCCAUCUCUUCCCUCCCCCUGGGGUAUUUUUCAGGUUCUAAGUUCUGACCAUGAGAAAGCUUUGCCCAGUGGUGGGCUAUUUGUCAUUGUUUAAUUUCUCAUUCUCUGAUAUAGUAGAACCCUGGUAACUUGAACACUGAAGGAAAUUGCGAGACAAAUUGAGUUAGCAAGGGUUUGAUUUAUCGCAGCAAAGAGAAAAGUCAAUUUCCUAUGUAACAAAUUGAUAGUAACUGAUUCUUCAGCACUUCAGUGUAUGGUACAGAGCAAGUUAAAUUUCAGAAACAGGGACAUGAUUAGUCAUUUUUAUGAUUAAGUAUGAUCUGUUCGUUUCACCAAUUAAAAUCAAGCUUUAGUGUUGACCAGUGUUAGUUUUUUGUGUUUUACCCUUUUACAACAAGAAGGGCUGGGCUAAUGGGAUGGCAUCUGAGUGGGGAUGAAAGAGCCAGAAUUCGUGUAAUCGGGGUAAAUUUCGUUGACCUUUUGAUCAAGGGAAAGGAAAUUUAGUUUGAGUUAGCAGGGAAUUCAAGUUAUUCGAGUUCGAGUUCUCGGGGCUCUACUCUACUUCAAAAAGUAAAUAAAAAGUUUGAAAAGCAAUCGAAAAUAAGUGGAUGAUAAAUUUUCUUACCCAUGGUGCUCCGCUGCACUCUGUCCGCCACAAGGUGCUGUCUUUAAAAAACUAAUAAAAGACUUGUCUAUGUUGUUUAUUACCAAUGCUUUCUGGUUAAAAUAUUAAGUAGUUUGUGAAAGUGAACAUGAUCUUCGCAAUUGAAGGAAGUGAUUGAAAAAGAACCUGAAGAAAUUCAGGCUUGACUGGGAUUCAAACCCUGACUUUUGAAUGACUGAACACCAUGCUCUAUUCAUUUCAUAUAUUUCAAUUCAUGUUAUUUCCACUAUCAGGAAUAUUACAUACUCACAAUGGCCUGCUCUCCAGUUGGCUUCUUUAUCUCAAUGGAUAGAGCAUUGUGUUUGGUUGCCACCAAGGUCAUGGUUUGAUUCCUAGUCAAUCCUGAAAAUUUUCAGGUUGUUUUCCUGUUCCUUCCCCUCUCAAGUGGCAUCAUCUUCAGCAGAUCGAUCCAGAUUGUAUUUAAAAAAAAAUGCGAUUUGCGAUUUUUUCUGCCUUUCUGGAUUAUAUACUGCUGCUCAACUCACUUGAUUUGUUGUACAGCAAUAAGGGGCAAACAAAGUAAUUACUUUUUAAUUUUUUAUUUUGUGCUUGCUAAGAGUGGAAGUGGCCAUCAUUCUUUUUUGUUGCUGAGCAGAGAGGAUUCCAGCAUGGUAUGUAAACAGGCACAGGUCGUUGAGCAAACAUAAUGCUUUUUUGUCAUUCUCCUUUUUUCUGUUGCUUAAUGAUUUUAUGGAAAGAUAUUAAUUUCACAUUUGCUCCUCACAUUGCUGCAAUAAUGACACUCGUAGAAUGUUCUAGUGUUGAGCAAAACCAAAAGGUUUUUUACUGUCCCAGUCUUCCACGUAGCCUUUCUAUUCCCUCCUUAUUUGCAGACAUCAUUUUUCACUGAUGGCCUAGUUGGUUUGAGGGUAUGCUAUGGACUCUUACCCAGCCCAUCAUACUUGGGUCACGAAAACAUCCCCUAGAAUGUAUAAUAAAUUGUCUUUCUAACAUUGUAAUCAAUUAUCAGCUCCAUCUCCAGCAUUUGAGAAGAAGAGCUCUUUCACCAGGGUGUCUCUCUCCUUAACACAACCGCAAUAACAGCUUAACACCCCGACCAGCCGUGUGUGUUUAGGGAUUUCCCUCACCAGUAUGAUUCUUAAGACAGCCAAGUCCUUGAGGAUUUGUUCGUAAUACAGGCAGUGCUUUGUGCAUAUUGAGCAUGUGACUGACUAUUAUGAUAAAAUAUAGAGUAUUUUAACCUCCAAAGCUCAGUGGAUAGACCCCCCCACACACACACACGCACCCUGUUUUUAAGAGGUUAUAGGUUUGAAUCCAGUUGGACACUUAAAAUUUUUCUUUCUGCUCCCUCUAGUGAUAUUGCAAUUAUUAACUCUUUCUAAUUAAACAGCAAGUUUGAAAAAUGCGAUGUUUUAAUUAUCAUGGAGUAUAUUGAUAUAUAAUAUAUUUUUUGUGUUAGGUUUUGAAAACAGAACAAGAGAUUAUGGAGCUUGAUCAUUCAGGAUUCACAUCACAGUACCCAACUGUAUUUGCUGGAAAUCUUGGCAAUGGAAAAUAUAUUUUGCAGGUUUGCUUUGUUAAGCAUAGGCUCUAUAGAAGAUUUUAAUUUUCAUGUCCUUUUAAAUUUCAUGUCAUUAUUUUUCUUCCAUUCAUUUAUCCUUUUUAGGUAACCCCCCAAGGAGUCAGGUUAUUAGAAGGAGGUGAGAAGCAGGUUGUUUGUAGAAUGUUAUCCCUAACUUUUAUCCAUAAUUUGGCGUGUUUUCUCUAUUGCAGGUAGCACCAUCUACCAGUUAAAUGACUGUCUAGAGUUAUUAUUAGUCCAGUCAAAACCAAUGAAUCAUCUACAUUGUACUGGAAAGAGAUGUGUCAGUUUGUAGGUUGUGUGACGCAUAUGAAGCAAGCAAAUUGCAUGCUAGCUGACCAUGAGUAAAGUUUCUUUAUAGUAAUUAGAGCACUCAAGUGGUAUGUUGAGAAGUCAUGGAUUGAAACGUCUUUUCCCAAUCUUAACAUCUCCCUCGUUUAUUCACUACGCUUAACAUUUUUUUUUGUAAUAAUUCAAUGGUUAGAAAACGCUUUUCAACUGACUGUUUUCAUAUACACUGUUCCUUGCCCUAUCUUUUAUUUAAACUUCAUUUCAGUGACUCAGCUCUAUCACAUCCCUCUGGAUGCUGGUUUGUCAUCUAUUGUUUGGUGUUCUUUGUGUGAUCCUUAUGCUGUGAUGAUGACUACAGAUGGCUCACUUAUACUGCUAGAGUUUACAUUAGAGGGUUCAGAACCAAAAGUGAAAAUUUCCAGGCCACCAAUCAAUCAGGUGAGUAAUCAAUUGGCACCCAGUAUCAUUUAAAAAAAUGACUGUUAUGGUGCCAAAAUAUUCAAUCAGUAUCCCUUGUAAACAAAGUGAUAAAAAACUUUAUAAUUAUGUUACUCCCUGUUUAUUCUUACUAGAAAAUUUAAGUUUCAAGACUCGUGUCAAGAAGCAGUUGUACUGGCACAGUGAGCGAUAACUUAAAGGACUUGGCUAGAAUAUUAGCUGAUUUACUUGUGCGAACUUUGUUAGGAAUUAUUCAAAGAAUUCUAGCCGAUUGGCUGCUAAGUAGGAUUGUUGAUGCAUUUGUUGUUGCUAGGGUGGUAAAGUGUGUGCCUGCUGUGCAUACAGAGAUGUAAGUGGCAUCUUUACAACAGAGAAGAUCCAGCACUACAACUAUGAAACCCAGCCACAGGUUACCACACCCACUACUCCUAAAGUGUAAGUAACUUGUUUUAAAAGGACUGCACAGUCUUUAACCAAAAUCAAUACUUUCUGACAUGUGUUUAAGACAGCACACAGCACCAUUAUAGCUGAAACAUAUAAUAGACGUAGUUAUAAGGUACAGCAUUGGAAGAGGAAUUGGUCACAGUAGUUUGUGUGUUUGUUUGGGGAGGAAGAGGGUAGAUUGAGAGAAGGGGUGAGGUCAGUUAAAAACGUUUGUAACAUGAAACCUAAUGAAUGAAAAACUAAUUGUUUUAUUUAAUUGUCAGUUAAUGACGAUCUUUCGCUGUGGGUAAUCAUAUUUACUAAUUUUGCGAGGUUUGUCCAGAGUAAUAUAAUGACACCUCAUCCAAAGAGUAACCAAAUGUCUUGGGAAGUAUUAUAAAGCAAACACAGUCACUGUUUUAUGUACCUUAUUCUCAUUAAUUAUGUUAGCGUUGAUUGCCAUUUGUUAUUGGGGAUGAUUGGUGGAAGGGAUAUGUGGGGGAGCGGCGUCUUUUGAGUCUUUUUGGUGGAAUACCCAUGGAUGGUACCUCUUUUCGUUUGGUGAAGACAGCUUAGCGUACGUACGCGUCUACAGAUUGCGGGUGGGGUAGGGGAGACUAUCUUUUGACAUUCACAAUAUGGCUCAUAUUGAGUGACCAGUUAAUUGUUUUACUAGAUCGCGAACAAUGUUCAAAACAUAACUCAAUCAGUUUUCAUCAUCGUUAUCCUCAGGUGUUUCGAGGUCAAGUAUUUUUUUGAAGUUAUCCGUGGGUUUUCAAUUGUUCAAUUUUUUUUGUGUUUGUUUAUACAAUUAAAAAUACAGCUGUUGGUAUGGUCUGUCAUUAUUGAUUGUCAUGCGGAAAAAAGCAUCUUGAAUCUUGUUUACUUUGAAUCUGAAUGUGAGUUUUGGAAAAUGUCACUAUCAGGAGUCUUUUUGUUAUUCAUGGCUAGUUUGUUUAGGCGUUGAGGAAUACGUCGCUUGUCAGAGUCGGAAAUCCGAUUUCGGAUGGCAUCGUUUUCGUUUUCACCUUGCUUGAUGGGUAAGAGGAUUGCAAAGUCUGAUGCGAUACUGGCUUUUCUUGAUACCUUUCAGGAGCUGCAUCUCGAAUGGUAAGCCAUUGUAAUCUAAUUUAAUGAAUUCAGGCAGAGUUUAUGCGGGCAUUUAGUUUAUGCACGUUUGUAAGAUUUGAGACAAUGAUCUGACCGAGUAUCAGGUUUGAUACAAGCUUACAGAAUUUUAAAAAGCCUUUAGACAGUUUCUCACCGCAAAUAGAAAGAAAACUUUCCAAAGAAUAUUUAGUUAUAAUUCUGGCCGGAAAAGAAAGCUUUGAUCGAUUUUCUUGCCUCGAGUUCGUCUUUGAAAAAAGCAACCACCGGGAAGCCGGCUUAAAACAUAAACUUAAGCUUGAAGCUUGAAGACUCAGGAUUUUUAGGGAUACUUUAAUACUUGUAUUCAUGAAUGAAAAUUGUUGUCUCUGUAUAUGUUUCACCGAAUUAUAUUUCUUUUUUUGAUUGUUAGUAGUCUCUCUUGUAAUUUUAUUCGCUGUGUCGAUUGCUUUCAGUCGUUCAGUGAACAUUGUUUGCAGGAGUACUCAAAAUGCCGCGCGUUAAACCAUAAAAAAUAAACAAAAUAAGUUCUUUAUAAUGUUGGAGCGUAACUCUGUUAAUGUUCAUUCAAACACUCGCCACAGCUCGCACUACAAAAGUGAGAACCGGAUGGCCGUAUAGGUGAUUUUGGAAAUUUUUUUAACAGUUUAUGAAUAUUGAAUGAGUGCAAUUUGUAUCGUGAAAUACUGCUUUCUGUCCGAGGUCUGCCGGUAUGAUAAAAACAGUUUGUUUACACGCACCCAGAUUUGUUGACAAGAUUUUGCAAAGUAAACUUGUCGAACGCAAAAAAGUUGGCCUGAUUUUUUUCCCACUAAUUAAUCUACGGUGAUCAAGUGCCAUUAUGGCACUUAAAUGUGAUCGAAGAUGAUUACCAGUUUUUGAGUGUACAUAUGAGGCUAUCAACUCGAUGUAAGAUUUGGUUCACUCUUGGGCUGUUUGCAAAUUAUUUUUCCGCCUUUGUCGCCUUUCCCUCAAAAGUGACACAAAUGUGCUCUAAAGUUAACUGAAUUGUGGAAUUCGAAUACAAGUUUAUUGUUUAAUUUAAAUUAUAAAUUUAUUAAUGGGAGCCUCGCUUUUAGCCCUGGCUAAAUCUAUAUAUUACAUGGUAGUCUGCCAUUAUUGAUUGUCAAAGUAAUCUAUGUGAUGGAAAAUGUCACAGGCGUAUGAAGUUCAUAAGGGCCACAUGUCAGGAAAACAACUUUGGGGGUAAACAAUCACUUUAGGGACCCACAACAGCUCAGUCAUAUAUUGAAUUGUUAUAUAUCGUAAAUAAGAUUAUUUUAUUGUUGAAGAAUGUCCAUUGAUGACGAGGAUGAGUUGUUAUAUGGGGAAUCUUCACUACCAUUCACUUCAGCUGAAGAAAAACAUGUCAAGCAUGAAAUGGGCAGGUAGGCUUACACUUAACUAAGAUAAUCUUACAAAACUAGAAAUAUCAGGUAGUUUAAAAUUGAAUUGAUAGUGACUCUCCUCCCCUUUGGAAAUUUGCUAGACUGGGGUGAAAAAACAACUACUGUGUACUCCAAGAUGCUAGAGUUUGAUACUUCCCAAUAUCCACUAUUAUUUUACUAACCAAAUUUUCAAUAUACUGUUCCAUGCAAAUCAAUGGGUCAAAGCACAGCCUCCAAACAAAUACUGACAUGUAAACUACCUGUAUUAAAUCUUUUUCCUGCAGGUCGAAUAUAGGGAAAUGUCAUAUAGAGACACGAGUGUUUUACUGGAAAAUAUACCACUCGUAAAUUCAUAAAACUACAUCCGGGACCCGAGUGGUUUAUUUUCCAUAACCUCACACGUGAGUUUAUCGAUGACGUAAUUUCGGUAAUUUCUCUUCGAAAUUUGUAGGCGUCUUGCGUCUUUUGAAUUUUACUUACAUACUUUUCAAAGCUUUGCUUAUAUUUUGUCAUUGUAGGGCCCUAUUCAGCUCAGUGCUGUUUCUCAAGAUUAUUGUAACCAAUGUCUCAUAUUGCUGUACUGUAAAUUUGAGCCGUGACAAUUACCUUUUGGCGAAUAUAAAUCUAUUGUCUUAUCGAUGUCGUUUUGUCUAUAUAAUAAAAAGAACAUUACACGGCGGCUUGAAGAUAUGAAUUUUAUUUUCUCGUAGCAAAAACAAUAUUUUACUAACUCGCUGCGCUCGUUCGUAAAAUACUGUUUUGCCACUCGAAAAUAAAAUUCAUAUCUUCGCGCCACCGUGUAAUAUCUUCUAUAUAUAUAUAUAUUUAGUAAAAUCCAGCUAGUGGUCUAUUAUUAAUGCUGCGUCUUGAUUGGCUGAGCUACUACUAGGCUACACAUUAUAGCCCACUAGUAACGAAAAGCGCGGGCUUUUUGGCAGCAAAAAAAGAUUAAAUUCUAGCUUUAACUACUGUUAUAAUAUUAUUACCAUUUUCUCUUCCAGUUUGGAGGAAUCCAGUGAAGAGUUGGUAAAGCCAACAUGGUGGUGUGUAGCUUGUCGUGACAAUGGUGUCAUGGAGAUAUACACAUUGCCUGACUUCAAAUUAGUUUUCUUGGUAAAGAACUUCAAUAUGGCUCCACGGGUGCUAGUUGACAGUGGUUCAGCAUCUGCUGCAAGGUAUUUGGCAGUGUGAUUAUUAAUAUAUAAUUAACAAGUAUUGGAUGAGGCUGAGAACCAUCUGAAGAAUUAUGGAGAUCGAGGAGGGUGUUAUAUAGGCCUUGGCGGAGAACACCCUCCGAGAUCUCCAUAGUUCUUGAGAUGAUGCGAAAGCCGAAUUCAAUAAUUGUUUUAUUAUUCAUUCAAAAUAAUUCCUAGUUUAAAAACAAGCUAAAACGGGCUUACCUCCAUCGAUGUCAAGUUCAUCUUCAAUUGCCUGUUUAUCAGGAAGUUUAGGAGAUAAGGGCUUGUUCAGUACUGCAAACAUUCUCCAAACAGCAGAUGUCGUCUGUCGAGUUGUCCUCUUGUUGUUCUUGCUGUGUUUUUAGCCAAUAGUUCGCCCAUUUCUUCCUUGUGAAACGAGUGAAAUGUUCCGCCAUUAUGUACUCACUACCAAAACAACUCAUCCUCGUCCCAAGGUGUUCUCGGUUAAUUGUUCAAUAAUCUGGCAAUGUUGCUGCACAAUUGACGUCCCUUUUCACAUAUCGUAAGGUAAAGUCACAUUUAGCAAAAAGCAACAAACUGGAUUGGCUAGCCUCUGCAAUUGAAAUAAAAAUAAAAAUUGAUGUUCUGUAAGCAGGUCCAUACAGUGAAGAGGGUGAGAAAAUAGAUUCCGGACAUAUUUACAUUUUUUGUUGUCUUCUUUUAAAGGAAAUAGCAUUUAACAUCUUUCACUUGUUUAACUUUAAAGUAAAUUCAAUAACAUAUAACUUGGAUUUAAAAAUUAAUUGAGAGCAUUUGAGGAAUAUUUGACUGACCCCAUGUCUAAACGUUUGGUGCGAAUUUAGGGUGAGGAACAGUCUUACAUACUCUGACCAGGCAGGAAAAUAAUUUAGUUAUUUUCAUUUAAUGGAAAAUAUGUACGUUUAUCUUUGCAUAGUAUGACAGGGGGUGUCGUUACAGAGGAUAGCCUGCCUGUGAAGGAAGUCUUAUUAACUGGCAUGGGACAUAAAAACAAAAGGCCCAUGUUAAUUGCAGUUGUGGAACAAGAUCUUUUGGUGUAUGAAGCUUUCACAUUCACGGAAGCCUCCCUUGAGGCCCAUUUGAAUCUUAGAUUCAGAAAGGUGUGUAAACUUAUCUCUGUACAUAGGCAUCUGUCUCUGUUGAGUUGGCAUCUUGAUCAAAAACUAGAAAAGGAUUUGAUAUUUCUAUUGAUGCAUGAGUUUCCAUGAACAAAUAGUCUUCUUUCCCAGUCUACAGAGUUAUAUAGCAUAAAUCAAAAGACAAGCUUUAGGCAGAACAGUACUUAGGGAGUUCUCGACAUGGCGUGCAGGUUAAAGUAGACACGUUGUUUUGGCUUUCUAAGUUGCCAUCAAAUGUCAUUUUGACUGCAUAUAAGUGAAGCGCAUGUCACAAAUGACCAUAACAAAUAACUGUCACUCAGUUUAUAAAGACAUCACAGAACUUUAAUAUUGCUCAAAGCGGAAAAUUGCUUUUGUCUUCUGUUGAAUGUAGCAUGAAGAGUAUGAAGCAACUAUGAGCAUUUCUGCCCUCUUCUGGAUUUGACUACAGUUAUGUGUUACCCACGCUUAACAUGAACCACAUUCACACAAAGCUAGAGAGCAACCUGAGGCAAAGUAUCUUUUUGGGGGAGAAUGUUUGAAUACAAGCAAAUAAGCCAUUUAUUAUUCUGGCCCGGGUUGCUCGAAGCAUGGUUAGUGCUAACCAGCGUUAAAUACCAUGGAAAGCUAUACAUUUUGACACCUCUUAACCAACGGUUAGCGCUAACCAGGCUUCGAGCAACCGGCCCCUGAACGCUCCAUAAAUCUAAAAGUUAAACGCAGAAGAUGUUUUGUUUAAAUAUGCAUUGAAAAAGGAGGAAAGCCAGACAUUUCAAGAAUGCUCCAUCUUCUACAGCAGAGUAGUUUAAAAGUUGCUUUUAAUCGAUUGAAGAAGAGGGAGCACCCUCAAAACGUCUGGUUUCCCUCCUCUUUCAACGCGUAUUUUGGAAACUUUGACAUUCACACAGUUAAAAGUGUUCCACAGUUUCUUGUACUUUUGAUGUUUUGUUUAGUUGCAGCACAAUUUGCUCAUUCGAGACAAGAAAUCAAAGCAGCAAAAAGUAAAGCAGAAUGAUGUCAGUCAGGGUAACAAUCAUUAUGUUUCUUUUUAACGUACCAGUACAUAACCAAAUGUGUCAGCCAACUUACAAAUCAAAGUAGGAAAAAUAUCACCAGUACUUAGACGGUUAAUGAGUUUAUUUACCCUAUUAAUUUUUUAAUUAUUUAAGCGAGAAAAGUUUAAAGAAUUUCAAAAGCUAACAAGGACCAAAAGCAAUGUUAAUAACACUUACUGGCAAAAUUAUGAAACCCUCACUUGUAAGUUGUUCAUGAGUUUCACAAAGAAAGGACACCCGACCCAUGUUGGCUGCUGGUAAAAUAUAACAAAAUAUAACUGGAGUAGGAGUAAUGGUUGUAUAAUUUCUUUUUUUAUUGCCUUUGCAGGAAGUAAACCAAGAGUUGCAAGUUUGCGUGUUUUCAGUGAUAUUUCAUCAUAUUCAGGAGUAAGUAACUCACAAUUUUCCAUCUCAAGAACUUUGCAUUUGAACAAUUACUCUCCUCUUUAGGACUGAAGUAUUGAAUGUUGUUACUAUAGGUAUUUGUAUGUGGAUCAUACCCUCACUGGCUGUUUGUUACCAGCAGAGGGGCACUGCGAGCUCAUCCCAUGAAUAUUGAUGGCGCUGUUACCUGCUUUGCUCCUUUUCACAAUGUCAACUGCCCUAAAGGGUUUCUAUACUUCAACAAGAAGGUGCAUUGUCUUAAUUUAAUUUAAUACAUAUUAGUUGUGUUUAAGGUAGUGCUACUGAUAUGUUACCCAUCUGAAGAUGAUCAAAUACCACGAUCUGCAAGACCGUACAAGCGCUUUUUUCCAAACCCGGAAAUGAAGAUAUUUCUCUAAAUUUUAAAUUAUAAUAAACUUACAACCGAAAGAGAUACUUCGAAUACUUUUUAAUUAUUCCUUGUAAAUGCAGUAAACAAGACAAGUCCAUUUCAUCUUUGUUCUUCCAGUCUGGCAAAAUGUUAUAAUGGACUUUUUGAUUGUUUUUCUGCUUUGUGUGUGCUUUUUUAGCUUUAACAACAAUACCUUAUUCAUAAUUGUCGGUAUAUAAUGUUGUUUCCUUCUCAGGGAGAAUUGCGAAUUUCAGUUCUUCCAACGCAUCUAAGUUAUGAUGCACCUUGGCCUGUGCGGAAGGUUCCUCUUAGAUGUACACCUCAUUUUGUUGCUUAUAACAGAGAAAGCAAGGUACAUAAUAUAAACAGAGUUAAUCUGCAUCGUUAAGAGAGUUGCUAAACAAUGUCACUUGAGUAAUACAGUGGAAUCGCGAAAGCGGCAUUGAAUCACACCUAUUUUACCCCGGUAUUGUUUUAUAAUAACUAAGAAGGCCACAGGAAACGAAGGCAGUAUAGCACUCUUGCGAGUCAGUGUAUUGAACGUAGCAUCUUUAUUCUUUUUAAAAAAAACCUAACAUGUACUGAAAAUUAAAAGAUUUAACCAACUAAGCAAAUAAAACCAUUACUAUAUUGAUAAGGUAUGUGUAAAAUUUGGGGGGACUUUACACAGCAUUUCCUUCCAUUUACUGUAAAAGAGGCCCACAGUGGAAAAAACAAAACAUUAGUAGUUUACUUCGCUACGAUAACGGUUGCUUAGCUCUUGCUUCUUUUCAACCGGAAACUCUUCUCUAGGAUGCUUGAAGAGACUCUUGAUAAUGGGUAAAAAGGGCGAUGUAGCUUCUUUGAGACGUAAAUGACAGAUUUUUCACUCGCUUUGUAAUAAACUGAACUGCCUGAAAACGCCUCCCUGCAACUUGUUGAAUGCUGUUCCAGUAGUACGGGUGGCUAAAACCGGUUUUUGUUGGUUCCUGAAUUGUCAAAGUUCGAGAAACUGAAUGUAAAUUUUCGGGAAAGGAAGCAGAAUUAGUUUGAAAUAUCGGGAGUUUCGAAAAAUCGAGGGUUCGAAAAAUUGUGGUAGGAUUAUAGAGUCUGAUCAAAGGAAAUGGAAGGGAAUCUGGGAGUUUCAUAAAAUCGAGUGUUUAAUGUUCCAAACGAGCAGAGUGUUUACAGAAGUGAUCGGCUAACUCAUUAACUUUGAGGCUAUAUCUUUUUUCCAGACGUACGCAGUUGUUACAAGCUUAUCAGAGCAGACAAAAAAGAUUGUCAAGUUGAAUUCUGAAGAUCAUGAACCAGAGGGCAUUGAUCGAGGUAUUCUGUAUUUUUGAGUUCCUUAUUAAGACAAGGGUAAUACAAUUUUUUAAAGUGAAAUCAUAAUCUUCAUUUAAGGUAUAGUUAAUCUGAAACGUAGCCAUAAGGCCAUUCUAAAAUCUUAAGUUAUUAAAACCUGCCCCAACAAGUAAAGACGAUUUGAACAUGCAAUCUUGGACAAUACCGCUAUGGAGACCGGCUUUCCAUGUGCACAGAAAUCCAGAAUCAGCAGAAUUUGAGGUCCUCCUGCCUGAAUAAAUGUAGUUUCUGUUUUAUGAAGAAUGCCCUGACUACGAAUCCUUCUAGAAUCAACUUUGAAUAUGGAGGAAGAGAGGUUAGAAGUAACUUCUGUAAAGUUGUACCGCCAAUGCAUUGUUGAAGGUAUUUUGUAUCAAAGCUGUGUCAUAAUCUCAAGUAGUCUUUUGGAAGAUUAUACUUGAGCGAAGCUGUUUCUGUUCAUCAUCCAGGUAUAAAUAGGAGUACUACGGACUGUCUAUUUUUCGUCAUUUAAUGCCCUGUUACACAGAUUUUAUUCCCGGCUGUAAGAAUCCAUGGAGCGUUUUCAUGUAAAAUGUUGAAAUUCUUUUAACAAGCACCAGUGUAAAGUGGGAAAAGACAAAUUUUCUUUCAACGUUUUUGCAAGUUGUCCUUUAAUUUUAUUUUCGAACAAUGAAAGUUAAGUAUCGGACAAUUAGCAGGGUCUUUCAGACAUCAUUACCUCCAGAAUGAACUCAAUGCCCCCCCGCCACCACCACCACCAUUUUGGGAGGAAUUGCUUACUUGAGUGAUUAUAUAACCGUUGUGACAAUGAAAAUAGACAGUGUGCAGAUAACCAUUGUCCAUAAAGCGGGGUUGACAAUAUAUGAGAGUUUGUGACUCGGGACACAGAAAAAUGUCCGUUGUCCGUAUUGACCGGUGUCCGUAUAAGCGGGGUAAUUUUAGAGAAAAUAUGUGAGCUUUUUGUCGGGACAAACGAAACUGUCCGUGUAAAGCGGGUGUCCGUAGAGCGGGGCUCCACUGUAACAAGAUUUCCCCAUGAAUGUCCUUAACAAACAUUUUAUUUGUAGAUGAGAGAUUUGUGUAUCCAAUCAUUGAUCGGUUCAGCUUGCAGCUUAUUUCUCCCGUCAGUUGGGAAAUCAUACCAAGCACGCGGUGAGUUUGUCUGCAGCAAAGUUACGGGACAACUUAGAUGCACAAUCUACACAUAUAGAUCAAGCAAUUAAACUUACGUGCCCAUUAAAAGUAUUGUUAUAACUGAACAAAGUAAAGCACGUGCGAGGUUUCCCUGUCCUGUAGCCAGUAGGGACCUUAAGAUCCGACGACGGCGACGGCAACGGGAACGCCACAAAAGCGAUAGGUUCAAUUAGCAAAACAACAAUUUUGCACGUGCAUCAUGCUUUUUUGUACAUUUCUUUGCCGUCACUGCACGACUACGACGUGAAAAUGCCUAAUUUCACGAUGUACAGAGGAAGUACACAAGCGACUACGAAACUUCCUCUCUCUUUCUGAACUUGAAUAUGGUUCUUAGAAAUUCAACUUUGGGAGGGUUCGCCUACAUUUCACAAAGUUAGUGACUUGGAGAAAUCGCGAUAAAGAUUGAAAGAACGGGAAUUCACUUUUAAGCGACGCUUUCUCUGCCGUCGCCGUCCUCGGAUCUUAAGGUCCCUAGUGUCUGAAUAGUGAAGGGAGCAGAGAGGUGAGACUGGACGUCGGCAUGUAAAGGCGCACAUUGCAGCCGCUUCAGCCCAUGUUUGAUCUCACCCCAACCCACCCCACCCCAUGGCCAGGUCAAUGACGGCUCAGAUCAGGAGGGCCAUGACACGAGUUCUACAUCCUCUACACGUUUUGAGCAAUAUCACGGGUUGUUUUAUGUCCCAACUGAUGUGGUAAGGAUUGAGGAAAUAUAGUGAAUCAAUGGCUAAAUGUUACCGCUCAAUGACGCGAUCGUCUGAACUGAAAAAGGGUUUUAAUUACAGCCGGCAUGAUUUGACCAGUUUUUUGACAUGUUUUGAAGACCUUGGUGGGUGGUCCGGCCAAGGUUUAAACUCAGGGCCUCCUGCUCAGCAGCCCGGCAGUUACCAACUGAGCUAACCGUGCGGUGUUUAGUUUACUAUUGUGGGCAGCAUCGUCACAAGAUGCUAGGUAUAACUCUAAGAAUAGAUACAGUUGUUGAUUGGUCAUAGUUUUACUUGUAUGUAGGAUUGAUUUCGUGUGAAGGAUUCUCCCAUUAUAUGCCAUCAUAUGAUUCUUUUUUACUUUGUCUUACAUUGUAUUAAUGCUUCAGAAUUGAAAUGGAGGACUGGGAACACGUGACCACUUGUAAGAAUUUAAUGCUUUCAAGUCAGGAGACACACACAGGUCACAAGGGAUUCAUCUGUGUUGGUACCACACAUGUGUAUGGUGAAGAUAUCACUUGCAGAGGACGGGUAUUAUACCAUUUGUUGCUUUUUUCUGCGUAGAGUGGUUGUAGUGUUGUAGUUUGUACCUCACUCUACGCACAUGCACCCGCUAGAGUAGCUGUAUUUUUAUUGGUGCCGUUGUCUUGGUGACUAAUAGCUGAUCUUCGUUUGCCCCUCAAGUAUCGAAUUUCCUUCAUCUCUGUCUCGUAAAUCUGGCUUCGUAGUCUCGCUGCCAUCAAUAAGUUUAGUUUGUCCAGUCUGUCCAAACAUUUUCUGCACUUGGAUUGGUAAAGUCAAGGUUUACCUCUCUCAUGCAAAUGUUUUCCAGUAUAUUUUUUUCCUGCAUCCCUCUGCUGCAAACUCUGGCUACUCCGACCGUACACUAACUUGCGCCAUUUUGCCAACUGGCCAUUGGGUAGUGGAAGGACCAGUUAUUGUAGAUAAUAGUAGUGAGCGAGUAACUUUUUCAUUCAAAAAUAACUUUAUUGCAUUUGCUUACAGAUUUUGAUAUUUGACAUUAUUGAAGUUGUUCCUGAGCCUGGCCAGCCACUCACUAAGAAUAAGUUCAAGGUACUUCCUGGUUACUAGCUUAUUUUGCGUUAAAGAAUCAUGCAUUGGCAGACCUUAAACUGCUGUUUAAAAAGUAAAAUCUAAAAUCCAAGCUUUCGCCGAUCAACGGCAUCAUCAGGGAUGAGAAAAUAUUUCGUGCGCGCUAUAUAUAUAUGCAAAGAAGGUGUUGGGUGAAAUGUGUAAAAGAUUUGACGUAUGUAUGAAAGCUAUAGAAAUAAACUGUGGAUGGAAUACAAAGCUCUAGUGAUGGAAUGUCUGUAGACAAAGGACUUCUAACAGGGCUUGAGAAUGGUCUCUGAAAGAAAUACUAAAAUAGAAGGUCUGCGAAUUUACUACAUUCUUCUCGGGAAAUGAGUGUAGGCUUGUUCUUUCUAAUGUAAAAUGCUUUAUAAAGGCGUAGAUUAGCGGGGUCGUGUUCGCUCAUUAUAAUCUUGACAUCAAUGCCUUUAUGUUCUGGCAGGAAUAGAUAUGUUUUUUCACAGAGGAGUUUUCAUUGUUGAGAUGUUCUUUUACGCAGUCGUGCUACCAUUGUAUUGCUGAUCGCAGCUAUUACACGUGAGCUGAUACACUACAUUUCUUCGUAAACACAAUCCGGUGUUAGAGACAGGGCAUUUGUCUCUAGUGCAUUUGCGCUCCGUGGGGGUGUGGGAUAGGGCUUGUCUGAGCUUGUAGGAUUUGUGGGCAAUGCGUACUGGGAUGUUUUCUUUUCUAACAAUGUUAGCGAUCCUGUGAUUGAGUCGUUCGGAAAUGUACGGGAUCUUGAAGUAUGACC